AACUCUUCUGAUAAAUCCGUUUGAAGAAGUAUUUUCUACAUGUUCCAGAUCAAGCUUUCCUAGAAGAGAUUACUGACCGCUACUACAAGAAGUACAAAAAACAGGCCAUGGAUGAUACAUUCGAGAGCAAUGAAAAUAAUAAUAGCACCAUACACUCACCGUCUGCGUCAGCUGUAAAUGAAACUCACACUGAAUCUCAAAGUAAUAAAGCAAACCUACAUUGCUGGACUAGUGGUGCAGUGAAAUUAUUAUUGGACUUGCGACUAGGAAAAGAGCCAGUCUGUAGAAAAAUGAAACUGUGGAAACAAAUAGCUGACGAAAUGAAUAAAAUUGGCAAAUACAAUGUAUGUGGAAAUGACUGCUAUGGAAAAUAUCGGAAUUUGCUUCAAACCUACAGACAAAAUAAAGAAAAAAGACUAAAAAGAACAGGUGAAUCACAAAUCAGGUGGGAAUUCUUUGAAAUAAUGGAUAGGGUGUUGGGUAAUAAAGCCUCCAGUAUGUUUCCACCGGGGUGUCCACACACUAGAACGGAUACGACGAGAGGGCGAUGACAUGGACUCUCUAUGACUUGACAGAGGUUCCCGAAAUCUUGAAAACGGGCCAAAAAACAGUUGUCAUUACAAGAAUAUCUUUUUUUUUUAAAGAGAUAUGGACAGAAAAAAGUUUUAAAAGGGAAAGAAAUAGAAGCUGUCCACAAUUUAGCAGAUACUAUUAGAAGUUCUGCACAUUCGAAAUGAAGUGAUGCAUAGUUGUAUAAUUCUUAAUAGUUUUAUGUUCGAGUUAAAUAUUUUUUAGUUUUUCACAUACCUGCCUCAGAGUUCCUGUUUAUUUUGUUUUGUGAUAGAUAUUAAGUUAAACAAGGGUUUAUUUUAAUAAAGAUAUAUUGUGAAUAC